AUGGCUGAGGCAGUUGUUUCCUUUGUGCUCGAAAGUGUAAUAGACUUCACCAUUCAGGAAGCCAAGUUCUUGUCUGGAGUCAGCCAUCUAGUUGAGGUCGCACAAACUGAGCUACAAUUGAUGCAGGCUUCCUCAAAGAUGCAGAUGCAAGACAAGGACAAGAUGAAACAGUCCUGGUUUCCAAGAAGAGGUGUUCACAGGAUUGGGGAAGAAAUUGAGAAUAUCACUACCAAAAUUUCGGCGUUGAGAUCGAGUUUGCAGAGUUAUAACAUAAAGGAAAUAAGGGACAGGGACAGGGACAGCGGUGGUGGUGAAUCUUCCAUGCAAUUGCUUGAGAGGCAAGGACUACUUAGGCGAAGUUAUUCUCAUGUUGUUGAACGUGAUGUUGUUGGGUUAGAGAACAACGUAGAAGGAUUGGUAAUGAAUUUAGCGAAAGAUGAAAAUCGUCAUCAAGUUGUAUCUAUUUGGGGGAUGGGCGGUUUAGGGAAGACCACCCUUGCAAGACAGCUUUAUCAUCACAAAAAAGUAAGGCAGCGUUUUCAUAGUUUUGCUUGGGUCUGUGUAUCUCAAUGGUGUCAAGUCAGAAAUGUUUGGGAAAGAAUUUUAAUUGAACUCACUUCUGCUACCAAGGAACCAAAACAAGAAAUUAAGGAGAUGACAGAUGAUGAAAUAGCAAAGAAGCUUUUUUGUGUCAUGGAAGAAAUGAGAUGUUUGGUGAUUCUUGAUGACAUUUGGAGUAUCGAGACAUGGAAUCUUUUGAAGGUUGCAUUUCCAAACGUGGAAACAGAGAGCACAAUACUGCUUACUACACGGAAUCAAGCAGUAGCUUCGCUCCCAAAUAUAAAUGUUUUUCUCCACAAACUCCAGCCACUCAAUGAGAAUGAGAGUUGGGAACUACUUGUGAAGAAAGCAAUACCUGCAAGGGCUGAAAUCGACUUGGGAAUGUACAGAGACUUAGGAAUGAAGAUGCUUCGAUACUGUGCAGGCUUGCCAUUAGCCAUUAUUGUGCUUGCUGGAGUUCUAUUAUGGGUGGCAGAAGGUCUUAUCUCCUUGAGACAACAAAGACAUGGUUCGGAGAAAACAAUGGAGGAUAUAUCACGUGAUUGCUUAAGUGAGUUGGUGGAAAGGUGUUUGGUUCAAGUGGGAACAAGUGGUUCAAUUGGGACAAUUAAAUAUUGUCGAAUCCAUGAUCUUGUACGAGACAUGUGUUUGUUAAAGGCAGAAAAUGAAAGCUUUCUCCAAAUUAACUAUUUUUUGCAAGAAAAUACUUCUUCUGUGGUGGCCAAGGCAGCACAAUUGGGGAAAAUUCGAAGACUUGCAAUUUACUUGGAUGAGAAGGCAGAUAGGUUGGUUUCUUCAAGAGAAGAAACAAAUGAGCACAUAAGGUCUCUAUUAUUCGUUGGCCUAGAAGAAUGGAUGGCAAAAAAUGAAAAAGUAUUACUAUCUCCGUUGAAGGAUUUCAAAAUGCUUAGAGUUUUGAAGGUUGAAUAUCUUAAUCAAGUAGAAGUUGAGUUGCCGAGUGAAAUUGGACAUAUGGUACACUUAAGGUUUCUAAGUGUGAUGGGUAGCAUAAUAAAAAGGUUUCCGCCAUCCCUAGGUAAUUUAGUAUGCUUGCAAACUCUUAAUUUUCAUGUUUGGAGUAUCGACAUGGUCAUCCCAAAUGUGAUAAUGAAGAUGAAGCAAUUAAGACAUUUAUAUUUACCCUGGGGGUACGGAGCAAAGGGUAGGCUGGAGCUGUCUACUCUUGGCCAUCUACAGACCUUAGAUUACCUUUCAAGUGAGUAUUGUGAUUUGAAAGAUGUUGGUAGAUUAACCAAUCUUAGAAAACUGAGUAUAAGGAUGUCAAGCUCUUUGCAAAAUUUGGAGGAAAUCUUAAAAUCUAUAGGUAGCAUGCUGAACCGUAUCCGGUCUUUAUUGGUGUUGGUGGACAACAAUAGCUGUGGAGAGCAAGCUAUUCAAAUAGUAUCAAGCUGUCGGCAUAUAUACAAAUUAGGAGGAAGCACAACAGACUCUAUUCCACCAACAUCCAACAUCUCCCAGGUACGAGCACCCUUCUCUCCAGCAACCAAGCCCUCCUAUGAGCCUCCACCAGCCUCGAACACAAACUCAAAUAUCCCAUCCGCCACCACGGACGAUUUGGGAAUUUUCACAAAGAAGAGAGAAUUAGGAAUGAAAAUGCUUCGACACUAUGCAGGUUUGCCAUUAGCCAUUAUUGUGCUUACCGGAGUUCUAGCAAGAAAAAACACCAUUAGAGAGUGGGAGAGAUUGCAUGAGAAUGUUCAUGAAUACAUAAGGAGAGGGAUAGGUCAUGAAGAAGAAUAUGAAGGUCAUUAUGCUGAAGACUCUGAGUUUGUAGUGGGCGAAUUGACUAAGUUAUGGGUGGCAGAAGGUCUUAUCUCCUUGAGACAACAAGGACAUGGUUCGAGGGAAACAAUGGAGGAUAUAGCACGUGAUUGCUUAAGUGAGUUAGUGGAAAGGUGUUUGGUUCAAAUGGAAACAAGUGGUUCAACUAGGACAAUUAAAGGUUGUCGAUUCCAUGAUCUUGUACAACACAUGUGUUUGUUAAAGGCAAAAGAGGAAAGCUUUCUCCAGAUGAACUAUUCUUUGCAAGAAAAUACUUCUUCUAUGGUAGCCGAGGUAGCACAAUUGGGGAAAAUUCGAAGACCUGCAAUUUACUUGGAUGAGAACGCAGAUAAGUUGGUUUCAUCAAGAGAUUAA